AUGACAGAUUUCCAAAAUUUGGUGGAAAAAGAUGCUCAAAUCAGGUAUGCGUUCAAUGCUAUUAGACGUUACAAGUCUAAUGAGCCCUCCGAUGCAGACGAUGAAAAGAAGAGUCGACACAAGAGAAACAUUAUAGCGGUCGACGAUAACCUGAAAAUUAACUAUGAAAUGGUCAAGACAGCGCCCGGCACUUUUAUCGAGAGUAGUCUGUCAGCGUCGAAAAACAAGGUCAGCAAGGAAAAAGCGUGGAAAGUGGCCAAGACCAAGACUAAUUACUACAAAAAACGACUUUCCAACAUGAACGAGCAGUUUGUGGCGGAACUAGAGGCUAGUGGCACGAACAGUGCGAGCAACGCUCCCAACGAGAGUUUAGAGACCUCCAGCGCCUCGUCAGUGAUUGAUCUCGCCUCGCAAGAGCAGCAGACACAGUGGCUCUGCGAACUGCAAAAAACGCUGAUUGAAGAGUACCGUGCGCUGCUGCAGGAGGAGAAAAAAUGGUUUUUGAAAAAAGAGGUGCUGCUGGACGCAAACGUGAAGCUGGACCUCUACGCAACGCGCGACGGCGGACGGGAUACAGAGCUGCAGUUGAGCACCGGUGAGGCCACCGAGAUGUGCUCCUUCCCCGUGUGA